CCGGCUGAACUCCUCAGAGAGGUCAUUAAGGCAUGUUCAGGUCAGCAAGCAGUGGGAGGGGAGCCGGCAAGUAUGAGAAAUUAGGGGAAGAAGCUUCUGGAAGUGGGGAUGCAUCAGUGAAAGGAGAGCUCAAGAGAAGCACAACUCUGGCUUCAACAAGAGAAACAGGGGCCAGUCUGCAGAGGAACCCAACGAAGAAGAAGGAUAGCAAAGAGAAGAGCCAUCCGAUCUUCAGCUUCAUGGAUUUUGGAGGGAAGAAGAAGAAAACGACGGCCAGGCCUGAAAUGGUGAGGUAUGUGGAGUAUCUCAAGGAAGCAGGCAUGUGGGAUUUGGAUUCGGAUGAGCCCGUCAUUUACUACAAGUAAUAUAAUAACAGGGCUUACCUUCUCUCUGUUCUUCUCCUUCUUCUUUGGAUUUCAAGUUCAACGUUUCCGGCAUGUCACCAACUGAAAUCGUAAUCCAUUCUCGUUCGUUCCAAAUUGCAGACACACAUGUUUGAUUCAUCUUCUUUUGCUUUUGAUGGAAUCGAUUUAGGUCUGGGAACGCGGCUUCAUGCCCAAUGAGACAAAUACGAAAAGAUUAUUUAAAGAA